UAAUGUUUAUCUUGGGUUAUUUUCCUUGCUUUAGGGGACCAUGGACAUUGAAGCAUACUUUGAAAGAAUCGGUUAUCAGAACCCCAGAAACAAACUGGACUUACAGACAUUAACUGAAAUUCUUCAGCACCAGAUACGAGCUAUUCCCUUUGAGAACUUGAACAUCCAUUGUGGGGAAUCCAUGGAGCUGAGCUUAGAGACCAUCUUUGAUCAAAUUGUGAGGAAGAAGCGAGGUGGGUGGUGUCUCCAGGUCAAUCAUCUGCUGUACUGGGUUCUGACCAAACUGGGCUUUGAAACCACAAUGUUGGGAGGGUAUGUCUUUAACAGUCUGGCCAACAAGUACAGCAGUGGUAUGAUUCACCUUCUAGUACAGGUGACCAUCUGUGACAAGGACUACAUUGUUGAUGCUGGGUUUGGACGUUCCUACCAGAUGUGGGAGCCCCUGGAAUUAACAUCAGGGAAGGGUCAGCCUCAGGUGCCUGCCAUCUUCCUUUUGACAGAAGAGAACAGAACCUGGUACUUGGACCAAAUCAGAAGAGAGCAGUAUGUUCCAAACCAAGAAUUUGUUAACUCAGACCUCCUAGAGAAGUACAAAUAUCGAAAAAUCUAUUCCUUUACCCUUGAGCCCCGCACUAUUGAAGACUUUGAGUCCAUGAAUACCUACCUUCAGACGUCACCAGCAUCUGUGUUUACAAGCAAAUCCUUUUGUUCUCUGCAGACUCUGGAAGGAGUUUACUGUUUGGUGGGCUCCAUUCUCACUUAUAGGAGAUUCAGCUUUAAAGACAAUAUAGAUCUUGUAGAGUUUAUGAGUCUGACUGACGGAGAGAUAGAAGAUGUACUGAAAACAAUAUUUGGGGUUUCUUUAGAGAGAAAAUUUGUGCCCAAGCAUGGUGAUCGAUUUUUUACCAUUUAGAAUAAGUGGCAGUAAAAGUUUUGGUGUCCAUCCAGGUCCUCGGACUUUUUAUGAUAAAAUGCUCAAACAGAGGCAUAAUAUAUGUAAUCACAUAAGCCUUUUUGUAUUCAUUCCCCCACCUUGCCAACUAUUGGUAACUAAU